AUCAACUUGCCGGAAGGUUAAAUAACUCGUGUGCCCGAAAUUAAUGGUCCUCAGACGUUAAAUGCAGGUGGAUGUAAGGUCUAAUAUCAGAUAGAUUUAUAUAUUGAGUACCGGGUGGUUCACCACAACGGAACUUGGAAAAAACACGUUUUAGGCAUGUGUUUAUGGUGAACGCAAUGGCCAAUCUGUCCAACUAUGCUGUGCGAAUGGCACGCCUGAGCUCUCGAAUCUUUGGAGAUGUAGCACGUCCAACAGAUUCCAAAUCAAUGAAAGUGGUUCAGCUGUUUAAGGAACAACCACUGGCUCAAAGGAAAGAGGUGUAUGACUGGUACCCUCAGCACAAGAUAUACUAUUCCCUGACCCAGAAGCUGAGAUUCUUGGGACUCUUCAGAGACGAGCAUGAGGAUUUCAAAGAGGAAAUGCGACGUCUGAGAAAACUUAGAGGGAAAGGAAAACCAAAGAAAGGAGAGGGAAAGAGAGCCAUGAAAAAGAAAUAACCACAGUGUUGUCAUCACCAGGAAUCUUUCAGCAGAGAAACAGUUGGGAAUUUAACGAAGAUGUCAUUCCUGAGCCAUGAACAACAGAAUAUUCAUGUUAGGUGCAGGAAUUCUUGUAACAUUCACAACUCUAUCCGUGGAACGCUGGACCCCUUAAUUUAGUUCUUGUACAGGCGGACAUGUGUUUUUUAUUUGUAUAAAUUAUGUAUUUCCAUUAAAUACCAAUAAAUAUGUGCAGUU